AGUAGCUCUACGAUGGCGCAGUUGCUCGGCGCGUCCAGCUCGAAGAAGCGGCGGGCGGGUGAGGAAGGGGAGGUAUCCGAAGCGGCGGCGAUGACGGCUCAGGAGGAGGACCGCAUCUCGGCGCUGCCAGAGGAUCUGCGGCUGCGCAUCCUGGGCCUGCUCCCGCUCAAGUCGGCCAUCCACACGGGGGCGCUCUCCACACGGUGGCGCGCGCUCUGGGAGCGCCGCUGGCCCGCGCCGUCCUCCCUCGAUCUCCUCCUCCGCGCCCCGGCGACGACACGGAGGAGGUACUCCUAUCGCUCGAGCGCCGCGGCCUCCGGCGCCUCGACUGCUUCUCCCUCACCAUAGAACGGAGCAGGAGCCCCGCAGAACCCCGCGUCAGGGCUCCCCAGCGCUUCAUCGACUACGCCGCCGCCUGCGGCGUCGAGGACCUCCACGUCGAUGUCGCCAAUCACUUCGUGAGCUUGAUCUCGACGCUCACCCUCCCGCGGGGUUGUUCGCACCUCGCGCGUCUCUUCGUCCGCCACUUGGCCGGGGUUUCCUUCGGCUUCCCCCUCUGCUUCGACGCGUUCCCCGCCCUCGAGGUCGUCCACCUCCACCUCGUCAGGGUUGACAUUAACAAGCUUCUCUGGGCGUGCCCUCGUCUUAAGACCCUUUACCUCCGCCACUGCGACUGCAAGGGGGUCGGGGCAAUCAACCUCAUGCCCGCCGGGGCGCACCUCAGGAGCGUCACCGUCGUGGAGUGCGAUGGAAUCACCCACAUUGACGCCAGGAGGGCCCAUGGCCUCCGCUCCUUCCAUUUCAGCAGUGCACGGUUCCCCACCUACGACAUUGCAGCCACAGCCUCGCUUGACGAUCUUUGCAUCAGCCUAAGGGGCCAAAACUGCAAUCCUCUCGGACACUGGAUUCAGACGCUUCCCGACCUCGCUAGCCUCACGGUGCUCACCAUCUGCAGCAUUGCACUCCGGAGAGUUUAUGCAUUGGAAUGCUUUGGAUCAGCUACUAGUUUGACCAAGUUGAGUUAUCUUCCAAGCUUAAGAGAGUUGCAGCUCAUAAUGCUUGAAAUGGACCACACCAAUUUAGCUUUUAUGUAUGUUUUCCUCCGGCGCUGCCGGUGUCCCCAGCUGGAGAGGCUCUUUGUGCAGCUCCCAUCAAACAGCCAUGAUAUCUUCAUGGACGAUUCCUUCGAGGUGGCAGAGGAAGAUGAGCCAGACGAAGAGCUGUAUGAGGAUGAUGCUUCAAAUGAAGAGGAAGAUGUGCCAGAUGAAGAGCUAUCUGACGGAUACGAGGCUGAGGAAAAAAUAUUAUUAGAAGAACCUCCAGAAGAAUAUAUGCUUAAGGAAUGGCUAUACUGGACAUAUGUCUAUGAGGAAGAUCGUCCUGAAGAAAAUGUGGCAAAGGAUGAGCAAUUUGAGGAAGAUGUGCUAGAGAAUGAGCAAUCCGAGGAAGAUGUUCCAGAAGACGAGCAAUCUGAGGAAGAUGUGCCAUUGUAUGGCUUAAAUAACCUUAUACUUGUAAAGUUGAUGAAGUUCAAAGGCCAUUACUUUGAGAUGCGACUAGUAAGCUUUCUGUUGAGGAGGGCCACCGUUCUCCAGAAACUGAUAUUGGUAUCUCCUCCUGUGGGUAUGGGGAAUUACAUGGAAGCAUUUGGAGAAGAACCAUUGGAUACAUCCUGUUUUCUAGAGACAAUAUUGAACUUUGAAAAAGCGUCACCAGAUGCUCAGAUAGUUCUAGGUGACUCUGAUACUGCUGCAAUUCAGCCAGUGCAUUCUGAUGUGCUUUAGUUUGCCAUCAGUUGAAGUGUACCAGAUGAGAUCGCAAGUAAGAACCAGGAUUGCAUGUAUAGAGAUGCUAGCUACAUUUUUUGCAUUCCUUGAAUAGAGUACUGAAAGAGUGAAAGUAUGAAUUGUCAAUUUAACGUGAUCAUUUUGGCCAUUUAUGAAUGGUGGAACAAGAAAGCCAAAUGCUUGUUUGUUUGGCAUACUGUCCAUAGGCCAUGAAGGACCAGGGAGCUGUAUCCCCUAGGCAUUUGGUUCUAGACUAGAAGAAAAGUGUAAGUUUUUAUUAUCCUUGUUGAUCAGAAUUCAGUGCAACAGAUGGACAAGAAAUCUUGUAAAAAAAAUUUCUGGCAGUUCUCACUUGGAUCGCUCAUCCCUGUCUGCAGGAACUUGAAUGCUUACUUACAUGCAUACCAUCUGGAGAAAGGAAAUCGGGUUUCUUAAAGACAGAGCAUCAGUUGUAUAGGCUGCCUAUCAAUGCCAAUUACUCAUCCAAAAUUAAAGAAUAAUAUCAUCUAUAGAUGCUUUUGACUCACCAACCAGCUAGAAAUUAGUCUUCUAUUUAGUCUCAAGGACUGGAGUCCUGUGUUUGAUUGAUUGUACUUCUUAUAAACCUCUCCUCUCACGUUAUAUUCAGUUAGUAAAAUUUAAUUACAAAA